CUCCUCCUCCUCUUCCUCCUUCCUCCUCUUCCUCCUCCUCUUCUUCCUUCUCUUCCUCCUCCUCCUCUUCCCCCAGAGGCUUCAGUGAACACCCUGAAGGUCCCACCUGGUAGCCAGAAAAUCAGUGAGACAGAAAGACAGAUCGACGAGAGGUUACAAAAAAACAGAGGUUCCAACAAACCCCCUCUGGUCUUUCUAAUUCAUUUGGAAACCAUGACGACCACUCUUUUUUCCUCAUUACCUGGGCACCUGGUGAACCCCCAAGUCCCCCUGUCAUCAUCGUUGCUGCUUUUGCUGCUGUUACAACUGUUUAGUCAGUGCCCUGCUGCUCCCUCAGGGCCUGAGUCAGACACCUGCUCCACUCUGGUUCAGAGCCGAUUCUUCGGCCACUUCCUGUCCUCCUCCACUUUCCCCAUGGCACCCUGCUCCUGGACCCUGCAGAACCCAGACCCGCGCCGCUACACCAUCUUUAUCAAGGUAACCAAACCUACCUCCACAACGGACUGCAUUCCCCGGCAGCUCCGCACAUUCCAGUUUGACUCGUUUCUGGAGACCACGCGCACCUACCUGGGCAUGGAGAGCUUCGACGAGGUGGUCAAGCUGUGUGACUCUUCAUCCCCUGUGGCCUUUCUGGAGGCUGGGAAACAGUUCCUACAAAUGAGGAAAGGGCCGCCACUGGCCGGCAUGACGGUCACCACCCCUAACGCUAGCGAAGAUGGGGAAUUUAAGACAGAGUACCUGGUGGUGGGGAAGCGUAACCCCAGCAUGGCAGCGUGUCAGAUGCUGUGCCAGUGGCUGGAGGACUGCCUGGCAUCCAGCACCUCUAACAGGCCCUGUGGCAUCAUGCAGACCCCCUGCCAGUGCUGGGAGCCUCCUCCUCCUCCACAGCUCAGCGAAGGAGAUGGAUGCUACAGGAAUGGGUUCUAUCUGGAGAACUGCCUACCCAGUGCCGAUGAGAAGAGUGAUACUGACAGCAACAGUGGCUGGAGUGUGUGGGCGGAGUGGAAGGAGUGCAGCAGUGACUGUGGUGGUGGCGUUCAGACCCGGAGCCGUACCUGUCAAUCUCCCCCGGAGGAGACAUACCUGUGUGAGGGAGUAGUGGAGGAGGGAAGGCCCUGUAACCCUCAGCCCUGCAGUGGCAAAGGCCGUCAUCUCACUCGCAGCCAAUCACUUCGCUCCGUGGACAGCCGCAAGCGUGAUGGCGGCGGUGGCGAGGUAGACAAGACGCGAGGCGGUGGCGGCGGACAGCAGGCCCCACAGACAGUGGACCAGACUGCGUCAGGUGAGGAGUGGUCGUCGUGGAGUGUGUGUUCGGCCACAUGCGGUGAGAGCUGGCAGAGCCGCACGCGUUUCUGUGUCUCCUCCUCCUACAGCACCCAGUGCAGCGGCCCGCUCCGAGAGCAGAGGCCCUGCAACAACUCUGCCGUCUGUCCAGUGCAUGGGACUUGGGAUGAGUGGUCGCCAUGGAGCUUGUGUUCGUCAACCUGCGGCCGUGGUUACCGGGAUCGCACGCGCAGCUGCAAGCCCCCUCAGUUUGGGGGAGACCCCUGUAUGGGGCCGGAGAAGCAGACCAAGUUCUGCAACAUCGCUGUCUGCCCAGUUGAUGGGGUGUGGAAUGAGUGGGCUAAUUGGGGUUCAUGCUCUGCGUCCUGCUCCAACGGGACCAUGCAGCGGAUCAGGGAGUGUAACGGACCUUCGUACGGAGGAUCAGAGUGUCGCGGGGAGUGGAUAGAGACCAGAGACUGCUUCCUACGGGAGUGCCCAGUGGAGGGGAAGUGGCAUCCUUGGACGUCGUGGGUGGGCUGCACCAAGACAUGUGGCGGGGGGAGCCAACACAGACAGAGGAUUUGCUAUGGGCCCUUCUUUGGGGGUGAAAAUUGUCCUGGAGAUCGGGAGGAGGUGCGACGCUGCAAUGAGAAGAGGUGUCCAGAACCUCAUGAGAUCUGUGCAGAGGAGAACUUCUCCAAUGUAGUGUGGAAAAUGACUCCAGCAGGGGACACAGCGGCCGUACGCUGCCCACCCAAUGCAAAUGGGCUGAUCCUGAGGCGGUGCACCCUGGAUGAUGAGGGAAUAGCCUACUGGGAGAACCCCACUUAUAUGAAGUGUAUCUCCAAUGACUACCGCAGCAUCCAAACACUGACUCGGGAACACCUGUCCAAGGCCCAGCGGGGGCUUGUGGGGGAUGGAGUUUCAGAGGUGAUGACCAAGCUCAGGGUGACAUCCAGUGAUGGGACCAGCUACAGUGGAGACUUGCUGGCCAUAGUGGACGUACUGAAAAACAUGACAGAGAUCUUCAGAAGGGCCUACAACAGCCCCAGCAAUGCAGACAUGAGAAACUUUGUCCAGUCAGUCAGUAACCUGCUGAUGGAGGAGAACAGAGAGAGAUGGGAAGAAGCACAACUGUUGGGUCCUAACAUCAAGGAGCUGUUCCGGUUGGUGGAAGACUUUGUGGAUGUCUACGGUCUUAGGAUGAAAGACUUCCAGGACAUGGUCGAGGUCACGGAUAACUUAGUUCUGUCCAUCCACAAGCGUCCGGUGGCAGGUAAUGCAGACAUCAGCUUCCCUAUGAAGGGCUGGAAGGGGAUGAUGGACUGGGCCCGCAGCUCUGAGGACAGAGUUACUGUCUCCAAGAACAUCCUCUCCACAGGCAAGCCAGAUACAGAUGACUUGUCAGCGUUUGUCACCGGGAUCGUUCUCUACAGAAACCUGGGCAGCAUCCUAUCUCUACAGAGAAACAGCACCGUGCUCAACUCCAAGGUGGUGUCUGUGACCAUCAAGCCCACCCCAGGAUCCCUCUCUACCCCGGUGGAGGUCCAGUUCUCACACCUUUACAACGGCACCACAAACCAGACCUGCAUCUCCUGGGACGAGACGCUCUCUCUCUUUUCCCGCAGCUCUUCGCUGCUCGGAUCGUGGUCUGCCAGGGGCUGCAGAGCCGUGCCUGUCGACUCAUUGAGAACCAAAUGCGUGUGUAACAGACUCUCAACCUUCGCCAUUUUAGCACGGCUAAAUCCUGACAUGAACAUGGAUAAAAUGCAGCUUCCCUCUGUGACGCUGAUGGUGGGCUGUGGAGUCUCCUCUCUCACCUUGCUGCUCCUCAUCAUCAUCUAUGUGUCGGUCUGGAGGUACAUUCGCUCCGAGCGCUCCGUCAUCCUCAUCAACUUCUGCCUCUCCAUCAUCUCCUCCAACGCCCUCAUCCUCAUUGGUCAGACGCAGACACGGAACAAGGUGAUCUGCACGCUGGUCGCUGCUUUCCUGCAUUUCUUCUUCCUGUCGUCUUUCUGUUGGGUUCUGACAGAGGCGUGGCAGUCAUACAUGGCCGUGACUGGCCGGCUGAGGAACCGCAUCAUCCGCAAGCGAUUCCUGUGUCUGGGCUGGGGUCUACCUGCUCUGGUUGUGGCAGUCUCUGUGGGUUUCACCAAAGCUAAGGGAUAUGGCACCGUCAACUACUGCUGGCUGUCUCUGGAAGGUGGUCUGCUUUAUGCGUUUGUGGGACCGGCUGCCGCUGUAGUCUUGGUUAACAUGGUUAUCGGGAUUCUCGUAUUUAACAAACUGGUGUCCAAAGACGGCAUUACUGAUAUGAAACUGAAGGAGAGGGCAGGGGCGUCACUGUGGAGCUCCUGUGUGGUUCUGCCUCUCCUGGCCCUCACCUGGAUGUCUGCUGUCCUGGCCAUCACCGACCGCCGCUCCUCCCUCUUCCAGAUCCUGUUCGCUGUGUUUGAUUCACUGGAAGGCUUCGUCAUCGUCAUGGUGCAUUGCAUCCUGCGCCGAGAGGUUCAAGAGGCAGUGAAGUGUCGGGUAGUGGACCGCCAGGAGGACGGGAAUGGAGACUCAGGGGGAUCUUUCCAGAACGGACACGCUCAGCUUAUGACUGAUUUCGAGAAAGACGUCGACAUGGCUUGCAGAGGAGGUAAGAGUACCGGCAAAAAAAAGAGUACUCUGAAGCGUUCCUCUCUCCAGGGUGAUGAGAAGACAUCCUCCCAGCCCCUGACCCUUCAGAAGGGCUCUAACUUCAACACCAUGCCUGCCAGUAUGGCCAAGGUCCACCUCCAGAAUGUGGCAGACUACCCCAGUCAUACUCUCACCCUGCGCAGGGAGAAGGGUGGCGCCACCAAGGGCAUCAGCACCGAGCUGCCGGGAGCCAAGUCCAUCUACAUCUGUGACGGGGAGCUCUUUAAACAGCUGGAUGGGGAGCUGUCUCCACAGGGGACAGGGGAGGCCGGGGGGCCUGAGGGCACAGGGUACAUCAUCCUGCCUAACAACAACAACACUGGCACCCUGGGGCGGCCCGGAAAGGGCAGCAAGGAGGACACGACGGCCAAGUACAACAUCAGCAUCGAGCAGCAGAUGCCCCAGACCAGGCUCAUCCACCUGGCCAACUCGGCGGGGGUGGAGGGCGUCCCGGGUUUCGCGCUGAAGAGCCUGCCUGCAGACCUGGUCAGUGUCUCCUGCUCAGAGAGGGAGUCGCCCGUCCACAACAUGCAGAACGUCUCCGGAGAAUCCCACAUGACCAACAGCAUGUGUGAACAGGGUGAUUCUGGGAACUCUGGAAUGAUGUCCAAGAGCGAGACCGUGUCCACGCUCUCCAUGAGCUCCCUGGAGAGACGAAAAUCUCGCUAUGCGGAGCUGGACUUUGAGAAGAUCAUGCACACACGGAAGCGUCACCAGGACAUGUUCCAGGACCUGAACAGGAAGAUCCACAGUGCAGACCAGGACAGGGCGUCUCCGCCUGGCGAUGGGAAGGCAGGGAAGAGGUGGAGUGUGUCCUCAGCAGGCAGCGACAAGACCAUCAUGAGUGACAAGCAGCAGACACCCAGUAAGAGAGCCUGGGAGGGCAUCAGGAAGACCCAAUCUCCCCCGUCGUGGAUGAGGAAGGACCUGGAGCCCUUGGCGGCCUCUCCCCUGGAGCUGCAGAACGUGGAGUGGGAGAAGGCCAGCGCCACCAUCCCUCUGGUGGGACAGGAGCUCAUGGACCUGCAGACAGAGGUGUGAGACUGAGACAGAGAGACAGACGGAGAGAGAGCAGCCAACCCCGUCCCCCAGCCCAGCUCUCAGACAGACAGACAGACAGACACCUUCCCUUCCCACAGCUCCACAUCUCAAUCUCACUCUAAGAACCAAUGACCAACGAAACGGGCAGGGGUGAGAGAGAGAGAGAGAGAGAGAGAGAGAGAGAGAGAGAGAGAGAGAGAGAGAGAGAGAGAGAGAGAGAGAGAGAGAGAGAACAAUGGCCUGUUAAAUGGGGGAGAAGAGAACAGGUGUGCAGUGCAUUUUGUUAUAUUUUCUUAUUGCUGCUGGAAUCAGUUUUUUGUUUACUAUGUCAGACAGUCAUAUAUCUGUUCUGUUAUUAUCCACAUUAUUACUUCACUGGACACAUGCUUGAGUCCCUCUCUCCUCCUGGUAGAUCUCCGUGGAUGGUUAGCCAGUUUGGCAGUUGGGUGGUGUAGGUAGUGUAGGUUAAAAGGACAGACUGCAACUGCCUAUGGACUCUUCACCAGCCUGCUAACAGAUCACCUGGACCAGCCAUACAGUUCAUGUUCCAACCAAGCCUUUAGGCAAUGGACCUGGUCUGGACAAGACCUUCACCCAACAUACAGUACAUGUUCCAACCAAACUACAUGUCCAGUACAUGUCCCAAACACGCCUAGGCAGUGGAGGAGGCAGACUGCUGGACCAUAACCAUGUGCCUCUCCAUGCCAACUAAGAGCCCCCCCCCACCCUCCACUGCACUGUCAGACAGAGUCCACACCCCCUUGACCGGAAGGGAGCAGAUCGAUGACAUCAGCCAGCCAAAAGGGUGGAAAACCCUUCCAUUGGUGGGUACCAUAGUGACAUCAGCAUAGACCAACAAGAAUGAGAUAUCUCAUUUGCGGAUGCCCUUAAUGACAUGACUGAAAGCCAAGAUGGCCAUAUCUCAUUGGUGGAAGCCUCUAUGACCUCAGCAGAAGCCAAGGAAACACUGUUUUGAUUGGUUGACUGAUUGCUUGAUGUACGAGCAGGCUUGGUACAUUUGUGGCAAAUUUAAUUCUGCUUGUUCGGCAAAUGCAGGUGGUAAAAAAUGAAGGACACACGUGUCACAAAGUAUAUAAAGAAUUAUGCUUAAUAUUGACAAUGGAAAUGAAUAAAUAUAAAAAUAUAUAUGAUAAAUACUGUAUAGGACAUGACAGAGGUUGUGACUGCAGUAUGGGGUUAGGAUUAGUUGCACACAGAGAAAGCACAAGGCUCUUUUGGAGUCCUGUUGUACAGCAAUGUAAUUACUUCAACAGAGUUCUACAGAAUGAAUUUUAGCCUAUAAAUAUCUUUCUUACUGUGCUUGGGGAUUAUUGUUGUCAUUAUUAUAAUUAUGACCAUGAUUAUUCAGAUUACAUCUGCGUCCGAAAUGGCAUCCUAUUCCCUACGUAGUGCACUGCUUUUGACCAGGUCAAAUGACAGGAAUUAACACCAGGUUAAAAGUAGUGCGCUAUAUAGGGAAUAGGGUGCCAUUUCGAACACAUAUUAUGAUUCCCCUCCCAUCCUUUUCAGGGUACUGGAAUAUGAGUGUUCUGUAACUCCAUGUAACAGUGUGUGUUUUGGUAUCACUGACUGUCACUCCCUCCUCAGAUCUGUACCUGUCUGACAUGAACCCUGACCUCUGUCCCCUGACCUUUAACCUCCACCGCCCCCUCCUUUUUAGUUCACUGGGGUUGACUCUUUGUUAAUGUACAGUUUUCAGAGCACAAAAUGAAUGUGUCAUAUUUCUAAUAAAAAUAUAUCUAUAUAAU